AUUGGCUGGGGGAGGGGGGAGACCCCCCAAAUUGUGCCGGGAAGGAGAGGGAACAACCCGCGCUUGUGACGGGGAGGCAGCACCGCAGGGACCCCUCCCCACCACCACUGAGAUGUGCCUGGGGCAGCCGGACCCCCUCCCCCUUUUCAGGCGUUCGCAGCCAGGCGGCUGCGGCGGGGUCUCGGUGACGAGAGGUGCGAGAGGUGCGCAGCUCAGCCCGCCCGAGGGCGGUGGAGCACGACCCCCCUUGGGGUGGCUGAAGAAGGGUCCGGCGCUCCUCUGUGGCUGCUCUAGACCAAAAAGCACCCCCAAAUCUGCUGCCCUCAUCGCUGGUGUUGUGGGAUCAGCCUUGGAGAGCCCCAGGGGUCUCGGUGCUGUGGCGGGCAGGAAGUGGGAUGGAGGAUGGGAGGGGGAGGAUGUGGAGGGUCCCCAAAACCUUGCUGGAGUUCGGGCUGUGGGACUGCAUGCACCUCACUUGGGCUCCAGAGUUUGUGUUCGGCAUGCAGGGGUUGCUUGGGUUUCAUUUGGGGAUGGAAUGUGGGCACUGCAUCCAUCACCGUCGGGAUCAGGAUGUGGGGGACUGUGCACGCUGCUUGCAGUGGGGACAUGGGACUGGAGCUCAGGAGCAGAUGGGGACCCUCACAUCACCCAUGCGGUCAGGAUGCUGCAACCCUUGAGCUGGGAUUGGGAAUAUUUUACUGGGGCUGGGACCUGGGGACAUCUGCAUUGGCGUCAGGGCUUGGGGAGCUCCGUGCAGGGACCGCAGCAGCUCCCCAGGGCUCAGCAGGCUGCAAACAGCAUCAGGGGAAGCAGGCUGUGUCUGUCCCUUCCCUCCUCGCAGGGACAGUGACCGGGGGCCGGAGCCAGGUUCCCCGUGCUUGCUCCAGCACUAUCACCCUGGAGGGCUCCGGAUAACUCAGAUGUGGCAUCGGAGUUGCUUAACCCCAUCCUGAUCCAGCCUUCACCCCCAAACCCCGCUGCCAUGAAGAAGAAGCCGGGCAAUGGGCGGGGACAGGACCCUGCAGCCCCCCAGCAGCGAGUCCGGUCUGUCACCAAGCCAGCGGAGUACGUGGGAUCCUUCACAGUGGAGGAGCUGGACCUGCAGCAGCGAGCGGGGCAGUUGGAGGAGCAGCUGUGGGCACUGAAGGACUGUCCCAGGAGGAGGCCGGUGGUGCUGAGGUUCAGCUUGCAGGGCCUGAAGGUCUACAGUGCUGAUGGGGAGACGCUGCUCAUGGCACACGCGGUGCGCCGGAUCCUGUACAGCACCUGGAGGCUCCCCGACCGCCAGUUCGCCUUCGUGGCCCGCAACCCCCACAGCCCCCCCAGCACCCUCUUCUGCCACCUCUUCGUGGGGCUCCCAGGAGAGGUCCAGACCCUGCACCUCCUCCUCUGCCGCUCCUUCCAGCUCUGUUACCUCCUGGCGCACCCCGAGGAGCAGGCGGCCGAGGGGGAGCUCCCGGGGCCGGGGGUGCUGCGGGAGCCCCUCAACCCCGAGGAGGUGUCACGAAAUGUCAACGCCCUCGUGUCCUUCCGGCGCCUGCCCGCGCCCGGCGGCCUCGGCCCGCUGGGCACCGGGGACCGGCGGCAGGAGGCAGAGGGCAGAGCCUGGCGCCCGGGGAAUCCCUACUGCUCCCCGGUGCUGGUGCGCAAGAAAGCCAUCCGGAGCAAAGUGCUGCGCUCGGGAGCCUACCGGGACUGCGGGGCCGAGGGACAGCUCCACCAGCAGCCCCGCGAUGCCGCGGCAGCAGGAGGGGAAAGCAAAGGGACGAGGAGUUUGGCCUUCCUGCCCGAAAAUGAGAGCGUCCUCGCCGAGAGCGUGUGGUCCUUCGCUGGCAUCGCCAGGGCCGCCGGGGUCGCGCUGCUGCGGCGGGACGUGCCCGGUGCCUUCCUGCUGCGCCCCGAGCCCGGGCUGCCCAAGCGCUGGUGCCUGUGGGUGCGGGCGCCCUGCGGCGUCGUGUCCUACGGCCUGGUCAGGACACACCAGGGCAGGUUCUGCGUGGAGCACUCCAACGCCGAGUUCGCCAGCGUGGCCGCCCUCCUGGCCCACUACUCCGGGCCACCGGGGGGCUGCUUCUGCCGCCUGGCCCCCGGCCGACGCAACCCCGGCUACGAGGAGCGGGACCCCGGCAGCGAGGCCGGUGCCGGGGCAGGGGAGGCCGCCUGGGCCCCCGCCGCCCCCACCGGGGCGCAGCACGAGCGGGGGUAGCCCGGGCCCCUCCCCGUGCACGGCUGCCCCCCGGCUCCCCCCAGCUUUAACGCGCUGCCGCCUGCCUUAUCCCCCCUGCCCGGCGCCUCCCGCAAUAAAGGCUCUCGUGUACCCGGAGCAGGGCUCUGCUGGCUGCGCACA